ACAAUGAAAAUGGCCGCCGCUGUGAAUGUGAAUUAUUCUUUGUUGAGAAAAUGUAUGGGAGGGGAAACUGUAUUCAAAGAUAUGACGGAACACACAGCCAGCUUUAAUUCUAGACUGUCACUUGAAAGAAAGCUGAGGCUGCCCUUCCUAGAUUCUCAGACAGGUGUUGCACAGAACCACACUAACUUGUGGCACCCCUACAGGUGUAGAAAUCCAGGCAGUAGAUAUGGUGAGAUGUAUUCCUACCCUGCUCAACGCUGGAAGAAGAAGAAGCGAUUGGCCUUUAUGACAUCUUCAGCAGAUGUUAGUGUUACAAAGGCCAGUGACAUAGAGACUGGAGAAGCAGAUAUGCACCAGAUCAGUACUGUUGAGAACCCUGCUAUCCGAGGAGAGAUGCAUGUAGAAGAUCUUGAGUACAAAAGCGAAUCAAGUAAGGACCGUUGGUAUGAUGAGUACGACAAUCUUAGUGAACCACCAGAUGCCGGAGAAAUGGUGGAUGAUCAGUCAGAUAUAAGUGACUAUGAGGAAACUUACAUCAAAAAGAAAAAGAAGAAGUCAAACCGUGGACGAAAGAAAAACACUGAGAAGGAUGUGAAUGCUCCUGAGGAAAAGGAAAAACCAUAUGCAUGUGGAGCUUGUGGUGCUCGCUACAAGACGCGGCCUGGACUGGCCUACCAUUACACUCACUUCCAUAACGGCAUGCUGGAUGAGGAGGUGCUUCCCCCCACUUCUCCCAAGCCCGCCACACGGACCAGCAGCCGUACUGCCAACAAAAAUAACCUCGAUGACAAGAUUUCUGCCAAUAACUAUUGUGACUUCUGUCUGGGGGACUCCUUGGAGAACAAAAAGAGUAAUCAGCCAGAGGAGUUAGUUUCCUGUAGUGACUGUGGAAGAUCAGGUCAUCCAACUUGUCUGCAGUUCACCAACAAUAUGAUCGUGUCUGUGAAGAAAUAUCCUUGGCAGUGUAUUGAGUGUAAAUCCUGUGGACUGUGUGGCACCUCUGACAAUGAUGAGCAGCUGCUGUUUUGUGAUGACUGUGACAGGGGAUACCACAUGUACUGCCUCAACCCACCUCUCACUGAACCCCCAGAGGGCAAUUGGAGUUGUCAUUUGUGUAUUGAAGAAUUCCAUGGUGGGAAGAAACCAGCAGGGAUGCAAUGAUAUGAAGUCGUGGAAUAUUUGUUGGUGAGACUGACAAGAAUUAUGUUCUGAUGUUACACACCCUGUGUGGAGGAAGGCGACAAGAGGAUUGUGGUAGACACAUGUUUUGUGGGAUUGUAAUGUCUUAUUAGACAUAUGUAUAUUUAAGGAAAUAAGAAGAUUGUGUCUUACCGAAGUACUGUAGGAGGAAACAGAAAGAUUGUUGAUGACCCAAGUACUGUAGAAGGUGGCAAGAGGAUUGUGGACGACCCAAGUACUAUAGAAGGCAACAAGAGGAUUGUGGUUGACCCAAGUACUGUAGAAGGAGACGAGGAUUGUGGUUGACCAAAGUACUGUAGAAGGAGACAAGGAUUGUGGUUGACCAAAGUACUAAAGAAGGCAACAAGAGGACUGUGGUUGACCAAAGUACUGUAGAAGGAGACGAGGAUUGUGGGAGGGGACAGUUGUAUUGUGGGAGACCAGAGGAUCGUAGGAGGGGACAGUUAUAUUGUGGGAGACAAGAGGAUUGUGGGAGGGGACAGUUGUAUUGUGGGAGACAAGAGGAUCGUAGGAGGGGACAGUUGUAUUGAGGGAGACAAGAGGAUUGUGGGAGGGGACAGUUGUAUUGUGGGAGACAAGAGGAUUGUGGGAGGGGACAGUUGUAUUGUGGGAGACAAGAGGAUUGUGGGAGGGGACAGUUGUAUUGUGGGAGACAAGAGGAUUGUGGGAGGGGACAGUUGUAUUGUGGGAGACAAGAGGAUUGUGGGAGGGGACAGUUGUAUUGUGGGAGACAAGAGGAUUGUGGGAGGGGACAGUUGUAUUGUGGGAGACAAGAGGAUUGUGGGAGGGGACAGUUGUAUUGUGGGAGACAAGAGGAUUGU